UUUUCUUCUCUUCGACUCCUUUCUUUCUUUCUUUUUUUCCGGCAACGCAGCCCGGAAAUUGCCUUGUCAGGAGAGCUGUGGUUUCUGCAAAGUGUGUGCUGGUAACUGGCCGCUUCUUGUUCUCUUGCUAGCUAAGGUCAUAUUUCACUUUUGGGCAAUAAAUAUCUUCAAGCACUUCAUAAGGUAAGUUCUGUGCCAUGAAUGGAGAAAGUGCUGCUAUUGUGUUCAACUUGCAGCAUUUUUGGUGUAGGAGAGUGAAGCUGCCACCUGUUCUCAAACAACAUAUUUUGUUAGGUCUGCUCACAAUGCAAAGCAAGGACCUGGAACCAGUAAAUUACUACGUUGGAAUUGACGUUGGCACAGUGAGUGUCCGUGCGGCUGUGGUAGACCAGUUUGGGACACUAGUGGCUUAUGCAGACCAGCCAAUUCAAAUUUGGGCACCGCAACCAGACCACUAUGAGCAAUCCUCUGAUGACAUCUGGGCUGCUUGUUGUACAGUCACAAAGAAAGUUAUCCAAGGGAUAGAUAUUUCCCAGAUUCGAGGACUUGGCUUUGAUGCUACCUGUUCCCUUGUUGUUUUAGACAGCCGUUUCCAACCCUUGGCAGUCAAUGCUGAAGGAGUACGCAACAGAAACAUCAUCAUGUGGAUGGACCACCGAGCAGCUGAUCAAGUAGCACGUAUCAAUGGGACAAAGCACAAUGUCUUGCAUUACGUUGGAGGUGCAAUGUCAGUUGAGAUGCAGCCACCUAAGUUGUUGUGGAUGAAAGAAAAUUUGAGAGAGUCUUGCUGGGAAAAGGCAGGACACUUCUUUGAUCUUCCAGAUUUCUUAUCGUGGAAAGCAACAGGUGCCACUACAAGAUCUUUGUGUACAUUGGUAUGCAAGUGGACGUAUUCAUCAGAGACAGGCUGGGAUGAUAGCUUUUGGAAACUGGUUGGAUUAGGAGAUCUUGUGGCGAAUAAAUACAAAAAAAUAGGAAAUGAAGUUCUUCCUCCUGGCGCUCCAGUUGGAAAUGGACUAACAGCAGAGGCUGCAAAAGAGCUUUGCCUUCGGAAAGGGAUUCCUGUAGCUGCCUCUCUUAUUGAUGCACAUGCUGGAGGAAUAGGCAUGAUUGGAGCCAAUGUGAAAGGACAUAACUUACCUUGUGAAAACCAGCCGCUUACAUCUCGAAUUGCUGUGAUAUGUGGGACUUCUUCGUGCCACAUGGUGAUAAGCAAGUCACCUCUGUUUGUCCCAGGUGUAUGGGGCCCCUAUUACUCAGCAAUGGUUCCGGGGUUCUGGCUUAAUGAAGGGGGCCAAAGUGCAACAGGAAAACUGAUAGAGCAUGUCGUCCAAGGACACGCUGCUUUCCCAGAACUGCAAACAAAAUCUGCAGCCAGUACUCAAAGUAUAUAUACAUACUUGAAUGGUCACCUGGAUCUGAUUAAGAAAUCUUUGCCUGUGGGUUUCCUCACUGUUGAUUUACAUGUUUGGCCAGAUUUCCAUGGCAACCGAUCUCCCCUUGCAGAUCUCACUCUAAAGGGCAUGCUGGUGGGACUGACUCUGUCACAAACCCUUGAUGAUCUCGCUCUUCUUUAUUUAGCCACCAUUCAAGCCAUUGCAGAUGCUAUGGAGAAAAUGGGAAGAGUUGGAAGAACAGUACUGCCAAACCACAAGGAUAAAAGAUAUUAUGACAAGAAGUACGAGGUGUUUCUAAAACUUUUGGAACAUCAGCGGGAGUAUAAAGCUAUCAUGCAGAGUGUGCCAUCUGUGUAAAGGAGUAUCACUCUUGAUGGAGAAUUCUCAUUGUCCUGUCCCUCAUCCCCAUGCAUUUCUUGAAUCUUUUUUCUGUCUGAAACCACAAUUAUAAUUCCAUUGUUAAUAAACAGUUUCCAAAUAACUGCCAG